AUGACUAGCAUCCACUUUCCAUCAUGGAAUGAGCAGCAGAGUCUAUUCAAACUAUCUUGCGCCGAUGCGGAAACAUGUAAUCAAUUUUCCGGCAUGGACAAUAUGCCUUCCCUACAGAGAUCGGAUUCUGAUCUAGGUACAAAGAAAAUGGCAAUUCCUCGGCUUGCUGAAGGGGCGGAAUCGGCUUUUGCCUCCCCAGGUAGAUUCCAUCGCCGCCAUGUUCGUCGAGCAUGCGAGUCAUGCCGACAGAGAAAAACAAAGUGCACUGGUGAUAAAUCUGGUUGCCGUAAUUGCCGUGAAGCAGGUAUUAUAUGCUGCUAUACAGAUGGCAAACGCGAGAAGUCUAAGCGGCAGCUUGCAAGCCUAUCAGCUAAGGUACAGGCUUAUGAGGACGUUAUCAAACGGUUGAGUAGUCGUUUCGGUGUUUCUGAUGAACAACUCGUGAAUAUUGCAUUGACAGCGGCAUCCGCCCCGGACCUCGCCUUAAACUCCGAUGUAAGUAGCUCGAGAGAAGCCAAGAGAGCUUGGAACUCCGAAGACUCCCCACCAUCUCGACCCUCUUCCACGACACCUCUGGACUUGAUUGAUCACACCGAGGAGGACUUCAACAGAGACGAAGCUUCCCGUGCAACUGGAUUUAUUGGAAAGAGCUCCGAGAUAAACUGGCUUCAAAAGCUCAGCAAAGAAGUCAACAAUGAAUGCGAAGCGUGGUCAGCGAGUAUGUCAAACUCAGGUGACGACAAUGGCCUGCCAUCGCCUACUUUGACACCCCGGCCUGAUAACCCGGUUGGCAAUCUCAUGAAUGCUUCGAAUUAUUAUCUCGAUGACCUUGAAAUCCCCGGUAAAGAAGGGAAGCACCAAGUCGAUGCAAAUGCGGUCCCAUCACGUGAAACCGCAACAAAGCUUCUCAACGCUUAUUUAACUUCUGUUCAUCCCUCUUUCCCUAUCAUUGGAAUUUCAACAUUCGUAUCCCAGUUUCAAGUGUUUUUCAAUCAGCCUACUCUUAGGCCAGGGAGCAAGUGGCUGGCUAUACUAAAUCUCAUCUUCGCGAUCGCAGCAAAAUAUGGUCAGCUAACAAAUACGGAUUGGAAAGAAGGCGAUGAUGAUCAUGAGCUGUAUUUUGCGAGAGCCAGGAUGCUCAGCUUGGAAGAUCAGCUUUUACAUCAUCCAGAUUUGCAGCAAUUGCAAGUUGAAGGUCUUGCUUGCUUUUACAUGAUUUCAUCAGGACAUAUUAAUCGGGCAUGGAAAUUAUCCGGAAGUGCAGUUCGAGGAGCACUGGCCUUGGGUUUGCAUUUGCGUAAUGUGGGAUCCUGCACUUCUGAUACCUCGAAAGAGAUAAGGUAUCGUGUUUGGUGGUCGCUGUACAAUAUUGAUCAUCUUCUCGCUGUGAUGACAGGACGUCCAUCUUGCAUCACAGAUGACUGCUGCACAACCCCGCUGCCAGUACCCUUCGACGAAAGUGACUUUCAAAAAGAAGAGAUUUCUCAACUCAUCAGCACCUCGGGACGAGCUAUACUUAGCCCACUUGAUCGAAUGUCAUUCAGCAACAGCGUCGCCAGCCUGGAUUCCAAUGCUGACUCGGACACAAAUAACACGCCCGUCGAAAGGGAGACAAAGAUCACUCGGGCCGAAUACUUGAAGAGCCUACCGCCAUGUGCCUCGCUGUAUUUCCUACAAUUGACAUCCCUCAAUACCAUAGCAAAGCGAAUGACGGUCAAGCUUUACAACCCUGAAGCUCUGCAGUCCCCAUGGGCAAGCACUCAGUUUACGAUUCAAAGUCUGAUGCUUGAGAUUGACUCCUGGUUCAUGAAUUUGCCGUCGGCGUACGAUUUCACCUCUACACAGACAUCGCAAUGCCCUCUCGGUCAGCGAAUGGGUCUCGCCUUCUUAUUUUACAGCACGAAGAUUGGCAUUACUCGUCCCUGUCUAUGUCGAUUGGACCCAGCACCCGCCGAAAGUGACAAGACUCAUGAGUUCUGUAGCAAGACAGCCGCUGAAUGCGUCGAGUCUGCAUGCCAUAUGUUAACACUGUUCCCCGACACUCCUGAUGAGUCCUUGCUUCACAGAAUUUCCCCAUGGUGGUGUACUCUCCACUACUUAAUGCAAGCCACCACUGUCCUUCUACUGGAACUGGCGUACAGAGCACAGCACGUUCCCGAAAAGGCCAUUAUGGUAUCCAAGGCGGCCAAGAAAGCACUAGAUUGGCUUUCCGCGUUGUCAAAAUCAAGCCUUGCAUCCGAGAGAGCUUGGAAUCUCUGCAAUGGGUUCCUACGCCGUCUUGCGCCUCAUGUUGGAAUCGACGUUGACGAUUCCUCCGGUAAUGACAACGACGAGUCAUCCGCUGCCUCCCUUCUUGAUUAUACGGAGGUUGCAGAUGCUGUGAAUCUUGAACCAGACCAAAUUGUCGACGAUAUUGUUUUUGAUCCAACCGCGACUAUCCCAACUGCUCCUGUUACGACUACUAGUGAAACAGCUACUGCGGAUGAGAUUGCCGCCGAUAUGGACUUCAUUACUUGCUCACCAAUAGAUCAGUCUAGUACCCCUCUUGCAAUGUCUGUAUCCUCAUAUGGGCUCGAGCCAGAUCUAUUGGACCAGUUCAUCAAGCCAUAUAAAUCUCUCUCUGGAAAAGGUACUUACGAUGAUUACUUUCCUUAUGAUCCUGUUACUGGCCAGAUCACGGGCUCUUUCUUCCCAACUGGAUCAAACCUGGAUUUUGAUAUGGGGUACUCCUGGCCUGAUCCAGUUUGUUGA